AGAGCCUCCGUUAUUUACAACGGGACGCGACUCCCUCCGCCCCUGCGGGCUGCACAUCCUCGCUGCGUUCUCGGCGUACUGUGUGGCGCCUGGUCGCGCUGGCAGUACUGCGGCUGGUCGCGUUCAGCUCGGGACGGACGGGCUUCAUUUAUAGGAAGGAUACCGUUAUCAGACCGAGAAUAUUGUCUUUUGUCGAUCUUUUUAAUGCCAUGAAUGAUAGUACAGUAGCCGUGUUUUCAGAGUUUGGCCUUGUUUUUCUUUUGUCCUCUGAUCGGGCUGCCGUUUCCCCUGCUGUUAUCAAGCCCACAGUCGUACACAAUGUGGUACAGAAGUGACUUUGAAGAUGGAUACGAAUCUAAUAAAACAGGCUCCAGUAGCGGUGGCUCUCCAGGAUGGGUCCCUGGCCACGAAUCAGCCUGGCACAGCAACCCCCCUGGCCCUGGGAACAGUUUCUGUGGCGGGCGCCGACACAGCACGGUGUCUGACAGUGGGGACACUGGAAUCGGCACUUACUGCUCUGACAGCGUGGAAGACGACUCCAGUUCCAGUACCACGCCUUUGUCUUUCCAGCCGCUGCCCCAGCAUCACGUGGGCCAGGAUUCUGAUGGCAUCCCCAUUGUCCAGGUCAUGCCGUCCCCAUCCUCCUCACUCUACAGCAGUGUUAGAAUGCCAGCCUCACCCAGCAGCACAGGUCGCUGGAGCAGGUCUUGCCAGCUGCUUACGCCGGUCAUGGCACCCCAGGGCGCAUCAAGUUGCCUGGACAUGAAGGACCAUCAGCCCAUCCGGAGGUGGUCCUCUCUCACCAAGUUGUCAUCUGGGGUUGAUAAAAGCUCCACUAGGACAUCAGGCGAUCAAUACAACCCAGACUCACAAGGCUCCCUGGACAGAGGUCUGCUAUAUGGGUACAGAAAGGAACCGCUUGGUUCAAACGUGGACCUUUAUCUACCUUUAUCUUCCUCCUUGCUCUGCCAUAGCUUGCUGCAGCGCUCACCAGGUGCUGGCCCCUGCUACCGGUACAACCACAGCAGUAGAUCCGCUGGUCUGGAAACAGACCUGUCCCUUUCCUCAGCUCUGUCCUCACCGGUAAAACACAACAGUUUGGACAUGAACUAUAGUGCUUUACCAGAAGCUAAACUGGCUCGGGGAGGUGGACAGGUUUAUGGCCUCAGCUUACCCAAACAAGCAGACUCCCCGCUGGGCCAUCAGACUGACAGAGGCUCCCCGAUUCAGCCUGAAGUUCGCACCCAGAUGUGGCUGACUGAGCAGAUGGAAUACAAACCCAAAGUAGAGCAUGGAGGUAAACUCGGUCAUAUCAGUGGGACGGGAACAGAGGGCUUUGGUGGAGAUGGGCCGUCGCCAUGGCAACAGGGACAUCAGCAGGAACCAGGGCUUAACCAGAUGCUGAUGGGGACCUCCCUGCCUGUCAACGCUCUGGCGAAGGUUGAAGAGGGGCUUCUGAGACAGCGAGAACUGGAGAUAGAUAGACAGAAGCAGCAGAUCUUGCAGCUCCAUGCCCGGAUCAGAGAGAAUGAACUCAGAGCACAGCAGGUCCUGCAGAACCAGAGAGGGUGGUUUGAUGACCCCCACAUUCUAAAUACUAAGGAAUCAACGAUGAGAACGCCAUGCAAACAGCCAUCUGAAAGGCUGUGUUGUGAUGAAGAACUUGGUAAGAAGCUAGCAGUGGCUGAACUGGAAGUACUUCAUUUGAACGAGUUCUUCAAGCAAGUCACACAAAAAUAUACAGAGGACAUAAGAAAACUGGAGGAAAAGAUAAAGACGAGGGACCGCUACAUUAGUAGUCUGAAAAAGAAGUGUCAGAGAGAGAGCGAACAGAACCAAGAAAAACAGCAACGCAUAGAGAUACUGGAGAAAUACCUUUCCGACCUGCCAACGCUGGACGAGGUGAAGGCCCAGGCCCAGCAGGUACACACACGAUGUAGGCUGUGGCUACAACGUGUCUGCCAGUGCAGCCUGGGGGGUGUUUCAUACAGACGGCUUAGGAGGCAGGAGGAGGUCCAGCAGAAAGCCAAGGACCUGGAGAACACAAUGGCUCGGCUACAGAAGAGCCUAGAGGAAGGAUGUGCUCUGAUGAAGGAGAAAAAGCUCAAGAUUGGGAUGCAGGCCAAGAGAGAGAAGGAGUUGAUUGCAUCUGUACACAGCCUGCAGAAGAAGGUGCAGCAGUGUUUGGACGAUGGGGUGAGGUUGCCAAUGCAGGACCUAAAGCGGCUUGAGGUGGAAAACACUCAACUCCUGGAGCAGCAAGACCACAGCAGCAGGCUGAUUGAGCAUCAGAAAGAACAGAUUGAGAGACUGACCUCGCAACUAACGGCCACCAGUACAAGACUGCAAAAGAAAAGAGGCCUUUCUCAUCGACAGCAGUCUUAUCCACUAGCAAAGGAGGCAAGCCUGGCCGCCCCGCCCAGAGCCUUCCCACAGCAGCGGCAGGUGGGGGACGGGCCGGGGGGGCAUCCUCUCUCCCAUGUGGAGGUGCCAGAAGUGGGCCGGCUGCUGAAACAAAUGUCCCUGUGUCUGCUGGACCUCCAGGCUCUCUGCAGCAUCCUGGCUCAGAGAGCGCAGGGGAAGGAGCCCAACCUGUCUCUGCUUCUGGGCAUGAAGUCGUUGAGUGUUUCGGCAGAGGAGAGCGACUGCAGAGUGGUGGUGGAAGAAGAACUGAGGUUCAAGCUGCUAGAGGUCGGCCAGCUGAGGCGAGGCAUCGACGAGCUGAGGAAAAGCAUCUCCGACUGCUAUGCUCAGUAUAUGGGUGACAGCUGUGUCUCCCAGUGACACCCAGUGCCCUGCAGCUCCGAUGGCACUGCUCUGACCCAGUGUUUGAACUCUUUUACUUCUCAGUACUUCAUAGAUAGAACCACAUAAAGUAUUAUAUUUAUUAGGUCCAUAGCAAGGCAGGCUUGCCCCAGACAAGUGUUUCUGUCACCCUCGUGGUGUGGCUUGUACCUGUUGACAGACAGUGUUAAUGUGUCAUGCUGUUCAGCCUUCCUCCAUACAGUGUCUGACAAAGACACAGAAGCCACAGAGGAUUUAACGGUGCAGUUUCCCUCAGCUUUAUGGAGCGCUUAGCUGCAUGCUGCUGGAUGUGUAAAUAAGAUUACGUCGCCAUAACAACUCUAUUUUUAAGGUGAUAUGUCAAUGUUGUAUUUACAGCUUGGUGCGCUGGACCAAAAUAUCUGUGCAUUUUAAUGGUUUGAAUAAAUACUACAGGCUUGCACUGCUUGCCUAGAAGCCUAAAAUAAGCGGCGAAACCCUUUGGUAAGAGCACGUUCAGGCUUAUUCACAGUGGCUGUGGUGGGAAUUCUCUUUUAUAAAGAGUUCGGUCCUGCUCUGUAGGAAAAGUGCAAUGAGAUAACUUCUGUUAUGAAUUGGCGCUAUAUAAAUAAAACUUAACUGAAUUGAAUUCAUAUGUCUUAAUAAGCAAUAUCAACUGUGCAGUUCUGAUGUCAACCACCUGAUUAAAGUCAAAGGACUGUAGAUUCAUUCAGUAAGGACUCAUCAGGUGAUACUUUGCUGUUUGUCACAGCAAAAGAAAAAAACAAGUCUGUCUACAAUCAGCACAUUUAUUUGGCAUCAUGUUGUGUAUUAUUUGUCAUUUGUCCCUUUUUAAAUGCUUAUUGUUUCCAAUUACCCUCGGGUACUUGCAGCCAAAGAAGCUGAAAGAGCAAACUGAAACAGCAUAUGCACUUGUCGGUAGAUUGUGUCUUCUGUGCAGCCAGGCAGCUCGGAGAAUAAAUUAAUUCCACUACCAAGCUUGAUCCAUCAAACAAACUAUCAAACCUUUUUUUGUCUGCAUGAUUUAACAGGUUUGUAACAUUUAGAGGUCCAGUGUGGAACAUGUAGGAGCAGCUGUCGGCAGAAAUAUAAUAUUUAUAAGUAUGUUUUCAUCAGUGUAGAAUCACCUGAAAAUAAGAAGCGUUGUGUUUGCGUUACCUUAGAAUAAGCCGUUUUUAUCUACCAUGGAUGUAUUAUUAGAACUGGAUCUAUUCAUUCCAAUAAGAGCUGCUCGCCUGUUGCACACGCCAAAAAGUUUUCUAGCUUCUGGCUUUACUUCUGGGCUCUGCAGCCCACUGCAUAUGUGCAGUAGUGUUUCUCCCACUGCCGAUUUUUAAAUCGCUUUUCCAAAAAAAAUUAGAAUAGAAAGAGUCAUAAUUGACCCUGUUUGCAGUUCUUAUAAUGGUGGCCUGUGGGGAAAAAGCUUAAUGGGCCGCAGGGGGGUUUUGGCUGCAAGGCUGAGCAGCAGCGCCCUGUCCUGUUGUCUUUAUACAUCCAUGAUAUCUACAGAGGGAGCGGGUCCGCUUCCACGGAGGCCGCCAUGUUACACCGCCAUGUUUCUACAGGAGCCCAGAACAGACAAACCAGUCACUGGCUUUAGAUUGGGCCUUUUGUUGCCACCGUAGUUUCUCCUCCACGCUUGGAAGGGGAGGGCGAGGCGAGCGGGAUUCAAAUGGCUGCAAACUGCAGUUUCACCGCCAGACGCCACUAAAUCCUCCAGACUGGGCCUUUAAGUGCUCUAACCAAAACCAAGUUGUCAUAGUUGGUGUGUUCAGUCCACCUGUGGAUGAUUUAACAAGCCACUGGAUGGCUCUGUAUAAGAAAUGAUUCUUAGUUUGAUAUUCUUUUAGUUUUACUGUCAAAACCUAUGAAUGCCAAAGGUAUGUUUAUGUACAGUGUGUUUUUUUGCAAUAUGGCAGUUUGAUCUUAUUUGUUCAGAUGGAAAAUAAAAUUAUUUUUCCAAAGAA